GUCACCUUCAAGCAGAUAUGAAAGUUUCAAAGUUGUACGAGUUACCACUUCUAUGAAGAUACUCAGACAGACAAACCUGUAUUAGGCUUGAUGCAUUUGAUAUAGAGAAAAAGCUAUAGUGAUUUAUAGUUUUCUUGUACUUGGAAAUUUGUACACUUCCAAAAGUAAAUGCUUACGUUCUACGCGAAAACAAGAUUGCUCGAUAAAAUUAGUGCCAUUGAGAUUUAAUUUGUGUUUUAGAAACAUAAUUCAUUGAUUUUGGCUUGUUCCUUGUAUUUUAAGGAGGUCUUUUAAUCCCAUAGACUUCAGAUCCAAAUCCGUCUCCAGUAUUCUGGUUGGUAUCUACAAUUCUAGAUUCUGUUUACUUUCAGUAUAAAAAAUAAUGCUUCCGUUCGACGAUCAACGCGUUCUGUGUUUAGAGAUUCCUUUACAAGGAAAAGAAAACGUCCAUAUAAAUUUCGCCGAAGAAGUCGAGAAGGCCUAUGGACCUUCCAUCAAUCGAAACGUAAAGAAAACCGAGGUUUCUGAUUCUGCAGAAUCAGAAGGAGAGAAUGAACAACAACAAGGAGGUCCUAAUGGAGAAGCUGGAGCAGAGCCGACCAAAAAACGAAGAAAGAGAAGAUAUGCAGAUGAAUACUACGAUCGAAAUGACCCGUUCAUUGAUGAUACAGAAUUAUAUAUUGAAGAAAUGGCCGCUGCUAGCAAGGAUGGCUUUUUCGUUUUCAGCGGACCAUUGGUGGCUGAAGGCGAUAAAGUAAAGAUUGAACGAUCUAAAAAAACCAAACGCAAAAAGAAGUUAGCAAACACCCUUUCCAAUGCCGCAGCCAAUCCGACUCCAACUACUCCUCAAUCUUCUACGAACGAUCAACCAGCUACGAGUGAAAAACUCACUGAGAAAGUAGAGGAAGAUUCUAAUGAUGAUGAACAACCUUUACAAACCAUAUCCAUGCAUGAACGAGCUUCAAAACAAUCCUCCACUUCAGGGUCUAAAAAAGAUGUUACAGCAAACAAAAGUGCUACGAACAAAGAAACCAAAAAAGAAACCCAAAAGUCUUUGAAGGAACAAAAGACGCCCACCAAAGAGACAAAAUCAAAACCAAGGGAAAAGACGUCUAGGAGAACUUCUACGGGUCCAAAAUCGACGAAAAAAUCCGAAAAAGAAGAAGUGAAAGGUUCGACCCUAAACAGCGUUACUAUUUCCCCAACUGCACCGUUGCAUCAAGAAUCCACUGCAAUUACGGCCGAUGUAGAAUCAACAUCCGUUACAAAUCCAAAUGAUAAUCCAGUAAAUAAGCUUCCAACAUCAGGGCAGCCUGAUACAGAGACUUCUUCUGGUACCAAUUAAGGCUUCCUAUGUGUUAAGAAGCAUUGUGGGAUGACUAUCGCAAUAAAUAUCUGCAUUGUAUUAUACUACUGAUUUCCUAAAGACUCCAUAUAUAGUUUUCUUUAUUACUUUUCGGGCGAUUUACUUUACUAGCAACCUAAUGAAUACUGUUUUAAUCUCGUCCAUGAAACCCG